CACUAUACUAGUCCGAAUGUGAUUUAUUAAUAUCGGCGCACGAAAAAAGAAAAAAAUAGUCGAUUCUUCGCGUUAGUGAAAUAUCGCGAUCCGAUUCCGUCCGUGCACCCCUUAUGGAUUUUUCCAAAACCUCAUUUCGAGAAAGUCAACCAGGAUUUCGACAAUAAUUCAACUAUAACAACAACGUGGACAACAACAUCAAUAAUAAGCGCAGUACCAUUUGGACGAAAGGCGGUAGUACACCACCUGACAAAGCACUUUUGGAAGCAGCUAAGCGUCAAUUCGCUGGACCUCCUGCAGUUUUAACCAACAGCCAGUUUAUACGAUUCAGACAGGGUGAGACUCUCAACCCUUCAAUUCAGACGAGUGGCUCCCGACAUACAGCAGAUGAGUCUUGGAGCAUGGUGCAACCGCUAUCAUCCAGGACAUCACAGAGGGACCCGAUUUUUCUAUACUAAGGACGCAAUACUCGCAAGAGGAUAAUAGUAAGUCAGAAAUAUGUUUUUCUAGUAAAGAGUAUAUUGCCAAAAUUUUAACCGAAUGAAAGGCGCCAAAAAAGUUAAUGAAAUAUAUAGGCAGGUAGCCGCUAGUAACUUCUCUGUCAUAUUAGGUACAGAAACGAGUUGGGACGAAAGCAUAAGUAGCGAGGAAGUUUUUGGAAGUCGAUUUAACGUUUUUAGAGAUGAUCGUGACAAAGCAGUAUCUAAUAAGAAAUCUGGCGGAGGAGUAUUAAUCGCAAUUAGUGCCAAUUACGAGUCGGAGCAAAUUUCAACCAGCAAGUGUAAAGAAUUUGAUCAUGUUUGGGUCAAAUCAUCAAUAGGGAGUCAGGUUCAUAUAUUUGCAACGGUAUAUUUUCCAUCUGAAAAUGCUAAAAAAGAGUCACACUUAAAAUUUUUCACUAUUGCUGAGCAAAUUAUUUCAAAGUUCAGUCCAGAGACAAAUAUUCACGUAUAUGGCGAUUUCAAUCAACGAUCUGUAAAUUUUGUUAUUGAUGACGAAAAUGACUCUCUAUUGAUACCAAUUGUGGGAGACAAUGAAACACUCCAAUGCCUUUUCGAAAACAGUUCAGAAAUUGGUCUCAAUCAAGUCAAUCAUAUUAGAAAAGAGAAUAAUUCCUAUUUAGAUUUACUUUUUACUAAUAUGACUGAUGAUUUUUGUGUGACAGAAUCAUUAAGCCCGUUAUGGAAAAAUGAAAAAUUUCAUACCGCAAUUGAAUUUUCCAUUUUCGUACAUAGUACCUCGGUCAGGCCUGAUGACAAUUUUUUCGAACCAAGCUUCGAUUACAAAAAUGCUAACUUUGAACUCAUUAAAAGAAAACUGAACUGUAUAGAUUGGCAGACUCUUAUUCGUGACGCAAACAUUGAUCAGGGUGUCGAUAUAUUCUAUCGUACUAUCUUCGAUAUAAUUGAACAGACUGUUCCUAAAAAGCGGAAGAAAGUGAACAUACAUAGAGUACCUGUAUGGUACAAUCAUGACAUAGUAAAUCUUAAGAAUAGAAAACAAAAGGCUCAUAAAACCUACAAACGCAAUAGGAACGAUUCAAACCUUGCGAUCUGUCUGUGAUCAGUUAAACUAGUCUAUAUGUGAUCAGUUAAACUUAGAGAUUAAAAGAGCACAUGAAAGCCAUAUCAACUAAAUUGAAAGCAAUAUCAAGUCAGACCCUAAAUCGUUUUAUGAAUACGUAAAAGAUAAACAAAAAUCCAACAACUUUCCAACAAAUAUGCAAUUAAAUGAAAAGGUAGGAAAUAAUUCAGAUGAUAUAAGUAAUUUGUUCGCCGAUUACUUCCAGAACAUUUAUACAACUGAUGAAAAUAAUAUAAGAGAUUACGAUUAUUUCUCUUUCCUUCCAGAACCGACCGAAGACAUUGCAGUAGAUAAUAUAUCUCCUAUUGAGAUUUAACAGCGACUUGAAACCUUAGAUCCCUCUAAGAGUGCUGGACCAGAUGGUCUACCACCACUCCUUCUGAAGUCACUUUCGAAAGAGCUAGUUAAACCACUUUUCUGGCUAUUUAACUCAUCUCUUAAGUUCAACUAUCUUCCGCAUAUUUGGAAAGAAUCUUUUUUAGUCCCAAUUUUUAAAUCAGGUAAAAAAUCUCAUAUUAAAAACUAUCGCGGAAUAGCCAUUUUAUCCUGUAUCCCUAAAUUAUUUGAAUCAAUAAUCAAUGACAAGAUAUUCUCUCAAGUCAAAUGUCUAAUAACUUGUAAUCAACAUGGUUUUUUCAAAGGACGAUCAACGACCACUAAUCUAUUGCAAUUUGUAACAUUUUCAAUUAACGCCAUGGAUAGAGAGCAUUAUGUUGGAACACUGUACACUGAUUUCAGUAAGGCAUUCGAUAGAGUUGAUAUUGCUUUAUUACUAUUUAAAUUAGGUAGGCUUGGUUUCAAUCCUGGAUUGUUAAAGUGGAUACAAUCGUACCUAUCCGAUAGAACCCAAAGAGUGAGACUUGAACAUAGCAUAUCCACAAAAAUAAUUGAGGUUACAUCCGGGGUACCACAAGGAUCUCAUCUUGGUCCUCUAUUGUUCAUUUUAUUUGUCAAUGAUGUAGAACAGUGAUUCCCAAAGUGGGCGAAAUCGCCCCCUUGGGGGCGAAAACGACAUCAAAGGGGGCGAAAAUUAAAAAAUUAGAAAUUGGGGGGCGAAAAAUGCAUCAAGGGGGCGAUUUUCCACAAAUCAUUUUAUUUAGAUCUUGGACACGAAUGCCAGCUUAUUUGGUGAAAUGUCUUUAAUAAAAUAUAAUAAUAAUAAUUUUAUUUAGAGUGAUUUUGUUGAGAGUUUUGCUUUUUUUUGUCAAGAGGGUGUUUUGUUAUUAGAAUUGUCUGAAACUUGGUCGAAUAAUUAAGCUCGAUUGGGAAAAAAAUGAUGUCAAUUUGGGAUUCAAUAGGCUUACUAUAUCACCCCAUGACGAAUAGAACACAGUUACCAAAAAAUACAAUAAGUUUCCCUUCACGGGAUUUUGUUUAUUUUCAGAUAUAUUCAUUUUGAAAACCAAAUCUCAACUCAAGUGCAACUAUUUCGGAGAAAUAUUGAUUAUUUGAUCAUGUGCUUUUUCUAAGUCAUCAGCCAUUAACGUUGAAGCAUUCGUCAUUGAAAUCAUCGUCAUCAUCAAACAUUUGAAAGCAGUUUUUUCGUUCAAAUCAAACAGUUUUGCAACGAAAAUGGAUUCACUGCAUUCCACAUGAGGAGUGUAAUGCAGUGAAUACAUUUUCGUGGUCAUUGUUUUGAAUUACAACGAAAAAACUGCUUUUCUAUUUCCGAAAAAUGAUGACGAAUGCUUGAGCCUUAAGUGAAAGCUCCUCAGUUCUCUUCUGAAAUAACUUUUUUUUAA